AUGCAGCAACAGAUAAAAGAAUACGGUCACUUCCUGAGGACUGCACUUCUGUGGUAUGUCACUGAGAGAGUGGUGAAAAGUCUAACCGUUGUAUCCGACAGUGCAGACCCAGCAGCCAAUGAGGAGGCUAGUGUGGGUGGUGAUGCGCGCUAUGAGAUGCUGGGGCUGGGGCUCCGCGGACCAAACCCGGCUUUAUCAGCCGCGCGCUGCCGGGGUCUGCCGACAGGGGGCGGUAGAGCGCGCUGCAGGGCUGGAGGUGGCGGGGCUGCUCCCUCCGCUUCCUCCCGGUUCCUGCUCGCACCAACCCAGCCAGUCCCCGUGGCAGCAGCUGAAUCCAGUCUGCAGUUUCCUCGACACUCGCAGACCCAGCUUCCUGGGGCCCCUCGGAGACACCAGCACCCGCUGAGCAGCACCUACUCCUCGGAGAUUGGAGUCCCAGCCACCAGGUGGAAUCGGACACUGCUUACUUCGGUCAAAGAUCCAGGCCAUUUCCUCGCUACCCUGCAGUGGAGGAAGUUAUAUCUGGUGACUGUGCAAGAAUCAGCAGACAAUAAUAUCUGGGAAUUUUCACAGCAUAUGUCAAGGAGGUCAAGCACACACCAGACAGAAGAUCCCGCCAAUUCUGCCUGUCCCAUAAGUCCUGGAGCCUUGGUGGCGAUCAAGAAAAUAAUGAAUUUUACUGGAUCUUCCACUCCCGGAGGAACAGACCGGUGGCAGCUCCUGGAAAUGAUUGGGGUGACAAUGGAGAUUGACAAGGAAGAUGAGCAGGUGAUUUUGUCUGGAAGGAGUGGCAGUUUCACAUAAAACCACAACUCAAUUUUUUUUUGCCAUUUUUUCUUUCCUUCUUCCUAUUUUAUAAAAAGUCUGUUUUUGAAGUCGUUAAACGUAUUUUUUACAGGAAAAGUUUCUUUUUUUUGAGGAAGGUUAAC